AUGGCUAAACACUUUAAAGAUGUAUGUACCUGUGGUAUCUGCUUAAAGUAUUUUGAAAACCCCAUGUACCUGAAAUGUGGCUAUGUCUGCUGCCUCCUGUGCAUUGGAUCACUACAGAAGGAUCCCCAUGGGGAGGGAAUACUGUGCCCCUCUUGCUCUGUGGCCUCUAAGAAGAAAGACAUCAAAACUGCUUUCUUGCUGGGGAGGGUGGCUUCCAAGGUCAAGGAACUAGAGCCCCAGCUGCAAGAUGUUCUACAGAUGAACCCAAGGAUGAAGAAGUUCCAAGUGGAUAUGACCUUUGACAUGGACACAGCUAACAACUACCUCGUCAUUUCUAAUGACCUGAGGAGUGUCCAUUGUGGGCACGUCAAGCAGGAUCGGAAGGAGUGUGCUGAGAGAUUCAACCAAUCAAUUUGCAUCCUGGGCUCCCCAAGAUUCACUUCUGGCCGUCAUUACUGGGAGGUGGAUGUGGGAAGAAGCAAAGAGUGGGAUGUGGGUGUUUGCAGAGAGUCCGCUAACCGACAAGGGGCAAUUGUGCUGGCUGCGGACAAUGGCUUCUGGACUGUGGGAUUGAGAGACGGGGAACUCUUUGCGGCCAGCACCACACCUAUGACUCCUCUCUGCGUGAAUCCCGGGCUUCGAAGACUGGGGGUCUUUCUGGAUGUGGAGGUGGGGAACAUUUCCUUCUGUGACAUUAGAGAUGGGACCCAUAUCUUCACAUUCACUGACAUUUCUUCAGAGGAAUCACUGCGACCAUUCUUUACUCCUGCAAAUGCGACCCAGGAGAAACAAGACCCCCUGACCAUCUGUCCUGUGAUGAAUCCAGGCAUUUUCCAUCCUCCAGCUUCUCCUGGGCCACACAAAUAA